CAACGGAAAAUCAGUUCAAACCGAAAGUAGCGGAGUAGACAUAGCAAUAUGGCGGCCGAGAACGAAUACUCCGACAUGUUAAAUGGUGAAACACCAGACGAUCAUGGCCAUCAAAACUGUGAUAGGGUAUGGAAAAGAUCAUUUGUCUUCACUUUGGUGGCCAAUAUCCUGGCCUUGACCACUCUUCUGGGUCUACAGAUCUACAGCCAGUUUAAGCCGAGCUAUACCGCCCCUGACCCUAGAUAUACUUAGUGUGUCGCUCUCCGAUGAUCUGUGCAUACCAUGCCAGGAAGAAACGGCCCUUUUUGACUACAGAGUGAAGACAGACACCGGGAAAUAUCUAUGCUGUUACAACAAUACCGACAUACAGCGAGCUGUGAAAAUUAUGCUACAGGAGGAAAUGCUGUACAACCGCUACACUGAAUCUAAUGAUGCUCGAACUUACACGCCGAAGGCAGAUAAGGAGGACUUGACUUGGUGGAAGAACCGGCCAUCAUCAGCUCACUUACACCUGGAUAAUUCAGACGACAAAAUGAAAUGGACUUUCGAUCCUAAAUUCGUUACGUCAUUUAAAUCUGAUGACAUCAAAUUGAAUGGCACGAAGAUGGAGGUGUCGGAGAGGGGAAUGUACUUUAUUUACUCCACCAUUUCUGUGGAAUUCAGCAAGAUGAAAUCAAGGCCAGUCGAGUAAGGGCCAGAGUUUCUACCACAACAUACUCAAAGGCAACGUACAUCUACCAAACACCGGGCCGAAGAUACAGAUGAUGCGAAAGUAUGGGGGAAUCCCGGGGCACGAGACGGACAGACUGUAUACAAGUUUCCUGUGUGGGACUCUGUUUCUACAGAAGGGGGACACCUUAGCCUCCGUAUUUGCAGAACCCCCGUUGAUCUAUAAAUUUCCGUACGCAAACUAUUUCGGAAUUUUCAAACUGUAAUCUUUGUUCGGAUGGGAGUUGGGAGUGGGGGUGAACCAUGCUGUUCAUGAUACAUAGAAAAAAACAUUUUACAUGAAAACCCAUAUCUAUAUACCGUGUAUAAUGUAUUGCUGCUGAUGAAAAUGAAUGCAAUAUUUGAAUAAUAAAAUAAACAAAAAGUGUUA